AUGUCUUCAGGACCUGCUCAUAGAGUGCAAUCAGCAGUGGUAGAGUAUGGAUAUCCGCAAGGGCAUCUUGGUCAUCUUACAACAGAGGAAGAAGCCGCUUUGAACAACUUCAAGGCCCUAUGCACCGAGAAGGGUUUGUACAAAUCUGGAAAUGGAAGUGAUGAGCUAGCAUCACACGAAGAUGCAACACUUCUACGAUUUCUCCGAGCGCGCCGGUUCGUUGUACUUGAUGCAUUUCACCAAUUUUCCACGACAGAGGAAUGGCGAAAAGAAAAUGAUUUAGAUCAAUUAUACGAGACUAUCGAUUUAGAACAUUACGAAGAAACUCGCAGACUUUAUCCGCAAUGGACAGGACGACGCGAUCGACGUGGUAUCCCUGUGUAUGUUUUCGAAGUAUCAUAUUUGACCGGCAAACGAAUGUCAGCAUAUGAGAAGUCCGCUCAUGAUACACAUACCAAAACCAAGGGACAUGGCAAGACCCCGGGGAAGUUAUUGCGGUUGUUUGCUUUAUACGAAAACCUCACUCGAUUUGUUAUGCCAUUAUGUACAGUUCUUACGGAUAGAGAAAACCCGCGCACCCCGAUCACACAAAGCAAUAAUAUUGUUGAUAUUUCUGGAGUUGGGUUAAAACAAUUCUGGAAUCUGAGGACGCAUAUGCAAGAUGCAAGUACUCUGGCUACAGCUCAUUACCCUGAGACUCUUGACCGCAUUUUUAUCAUUGGUGCUCCAGGUUUCUUUCCAACAGUUUGGGGAUGGAUUAAAAAAUGGUUUGAUCCAAUAACAACGUCCAAAAUCUUCAUCAUUAGCCAUAACGAUGUGAAGUCAACUUUAGAAGCUUUUAUCGAGCCGAGAAAUAUACCCAAGAAGUAUGGCGGCGAACUAGAAUUUGAGUUUGGGGAUGUGCCUACCCUAGAUCCAGCUUUAGAAGCGGUUACCACCUGGAAGGAAGCCGGCUCUCCGAAAUUUCCAGACGGACCCAUGUACUGGGUACAUACAAAAGAGUCUAUCCAAGCUAUCGCGGUCGGAAGUCAAGAAAAGAAGGAGAGGAGAGAAGAAAUAUGUACAGUCAAGAAGACCAUCACAGACAAUGAGACCAAUGGAACAAUCGCCAAAGACGCCACCGCCGAAACCACAUUACCCAUUCGAUCAGAAUUACUUGAAGUACCCACCGCAGCACCCUCAAUCGUCACUACAACUACGACCACCGAAACCAAUUCUCCCUUAAUUCAAGAAAAUACCAAAGAAGAAAUUGCUAGUCCAAAUGACGAACUCAUCCCAAACACCCGCCCAGAAUUAGAAACUUUCCACACAGCCCAAGAUGGGGGAGCAGUAAAAUUAUCAAAUGGAACAACAAAGCCCUAUCCAAUUACCACUGCCGAUACUCUAGGUCCAAACAUCAACCAUGACGGACCAGCCGAAUUAUCAAAAGCUCCUACCGAACAAGAAAUUAUACAUGAUGAUGAAAAGGUUGCGGAAUUACCUCAUUCACCAGUUGCGAACUCGGAUACUGCUUCGAUACCGGGUUCUCAUGAGAAGAAGGAUAAGAGGAAGAGUUUGUUGGGAAAUUUGAAGGGGAAACUUACGGGUCAUUGA